GCUUGCGAGCCGGCGGCUGUGGGGGCCCCGCGGGCCCGUGGUCUCGCGCGCAGCCGCCAGGUGGUGGGCGGAGGCCGUGGUGUCAGGGCCGUGGGUGUGGAGGCGGACAGCAAGGCGUGGUGUGCCCAGGUGAUCGCGAUUGGGCACACGCCGAGGAGCCAAAGAACGACUCAGCCGUUUCAGGGGAAGAGGAAGUUGAACAACACCGGCUCUCUUUAGUGCCUUUUUUGUUUUUUCCAGUUCAGCAGAGCGUUAUUUUCGAGGGGGGUGAGUUCAAAUGACCCAUCGAAUUGUACUGAGGACGGUCAGGGGGCCCCCCACUCUCCCCUUCCUCGACUCCUCAGCGCGCUCAGCUCUUAACCAGGUGGGCACAGCGGGGCCGAGGAGCGCGCGCGCGCACUCGUGAAUAAUUCAUGAGGCCCGCCCCCGAGCCCGAGUCGCGCUGACGCACGCUGCGUGCGCCGACCCUGAGGGAGCGACGCACAGGCCCCGCCCCUAGGCCGGGGGUGGGGCGUCGGCCCAGCACGUGCUGCCUCGACCCGCGCAAGCCCAAAAGCGUGUGCGCAGGCGCUGCCCGCUAGGGGGAGGAAGGAGGCGGGGUAGGGAGGUUGUUGGGUUUAGAGCCGGGCGGAGACCGCUGAGACUCAUUCCUCAGGAACAAGGGUCGGGUGUCAAGGAGACCUUUUCACACCAGCUCCCUGUCCCCCGCCUCCGGUGGGUGGGGUCGCGCGGCAGAGACAAAGGAUAUCAGUAGGGAAGUAGGGUGUCAGUUUGGGGUGGUGGGCUUCUGGGGGAGGGCCGAGGAGGGGGGGCUAUAUUUAAACUCGGGGAGCCGUUAAGUUGGGUUCGUACUCCGAUGCGCGCGCAGCCAGGGUGGUGGAGUGCGCAUGCGUGGCCCCGGGGCUAGGGGAACGCGCGCUCGCCGGUGCGCGCUCGCGGCCGAGCGGUAGUGGUGGCGGAGAAAGGGGUCGGCGCACGCGCGGUUGGUUCCUCGAGUUGUUCGGGUCUCGCGGGCAUCUUGUUUUGGUCUCGCGGGCGAGUGGGGCGCGCUUCGGGGGGGGGGGGGGGGCGAGGAGGCGCUCGGGCGCGAGACCCAGCGAGGCGAGCAGAGCUGCGCGCGCACCCGGGGAAACGGGAGGGGGAAGGGAGCGGGGUCUAGCCAGGCGGGGGCGGGGGGCUAAGCCCCCGAUCCCCACCUCGUUACCCUCGAGUGGGACGGAGUAAGGGGAGGAAAUGAUCGAGAUGGCGGCGGAGAAGGAGCCGUUUCUGGUGCCGGCCCCGCCGCCGCCGCUCAAAGAGGAGUCGGGCGGAGGGGGCGGCCCCACGGUGCCGCCACCCCGAGAGGCCGCCUCCGGGGAGCCCCGCGGCGGGCCGGAGCGCGGCCCGGGCCGGAGCGCGCUCUCGGCGGCCGGCAGCGGGAGCCCCGGCGCCACCGCCACCCCUCAGGGCGGCCCCCGGGCGCAGCCGCACGGGGAGGCCCGCGUGUCGGAUCCCCACGGGCGAGCCGCUCCCCCGGACGUGGGGGAGGAGCGCCGGGGAGGGGGCGGGACGGAGCUGGGCCCCCCUGCCCCUCCUCGGCCGCGUAAUGGCUACCAGCCCCACCGGCCCCCGGGGGGGGGCGGGGGCAAGAGGAGAAACAGCUGCCACGUCGGGGGCGGCGGCGGGGGCUUCAAGCACCCGGCGUUCAAGAGGCGCCGGCGGGUAAAUUCGGACUGUGACUCCGUGUUGCCCUCCAACUUCCUCCUCGGGGGCAACAUCUUCGAUCCGCUGAACCUCAAUAGCCUUCUGGACGAGGAAGUGAGCCGCGCACUCAAUGCGGAGACCCCUAAGUCAUCCCCACUACCCGCCAAGGGCCGAGAUCCAGUGGAGAUCCUCAUCCCCAAAGAUAUCACUGACCCGCUCAGCCUCAACACUUGCACUGAUGAGGCUCAAGUAGUUCUCGCUUCGCCGCUCAAGACUGGUCGGAAACGGCACAGACACCGGGGACAGCACCACCAGCAGCAGCAGCAGCAGCAGGCGGCGGCGGGUGGAGGGAGUGACGGCCACUCCGUGCCGCCCACCGCCCCCCUCACCCCCUCACUCCACGGGGAGGGCGCCGCGCAGCAGCAGCGCCCGAGGGGCCAGAACCGGGAUGCCCCCCAGCCCUAUGAACUCAACACAGCCAUCAACUGCAGGGAUGAGGUCGUGUCUCCCCUUCCGUCCGCCCUGCAGGGCCCCUCAGGCUCCCUUCCGGCCCCUCCCGCUGCCUCAGUUACCUCUGCACCCUCGUCUUCCUCCUCCCGGCAUCGCAAACGGCGCAGGACUUCCAGCAAGUCGGAGGCCGGGGCUCGGGGCGGAGGCCAGGGCCCUAAGGAGAGGGGCCGCGGGAGCUGGGGAGGCCGCCACCACCCACCACCCGCGGCAGCGUUUAAAAAGCAGCAGCGCAAGUUCCAGUAUGGGAACUAUUGCGAGUACUACGGGUACCGCAAUCCUUCCUGCGAGGACGGCCGCCUUCGUGUGUUGAAGCCCGAGUGGUUUCGGGGCCGGGACGUCCUAGACCUGGGCUGCAACGUGGGCCAUCUGACCCUGAGCAUUGCCUGCAAGUGGGGCCCCUCGCGCAUGGUGGGCCUGGAUAUCGACUCCCAGCUCAUCCACUCUGCCCGCCAGAACAUCCGACACUACCUGUCCGAGGAGCUGCGGCUCCCAACCCAGACUUCGGAGGGAGACCCCGGGGCAGAGGGGAAGGAAGGGACUACCACCGUCCGGAAGAGGGGCUACUUCCCAGCCUCGCUGACAGCCAGCCGGGGUCCCAUCGCUGCACCCCAAGUGCCCUUGGAUGGAGCGGAUUCAUCCGUCUUCCCCAACAAUGUCGUCUUCGUCACGGGGAACUACGUGCUGGAUCGAGAUGAGCUGGUGGAAGCCCAGAAAGCAGAGUAUGACGUGGUGCUCUGCCUCAGCCUCACCAAGUGGGUGCAGCUCAACUGGGGCGACGAGGGGCUGAAGCGCAUGUUCCGCCGGAUCUACAGGCACCUGCGCCCCGGGGGCAUCCUGGUCCUGGAGCCCCAGCCCUGGUCAUCCUACAACAAGAGGAAGACUCUGACGGAGACCACCUACAAGAACUACUAUCGAAUCCAGCUGAAGCCAGAGCAGUUCAGUUCCUACCUGACUUCCCCAGAGGUGGGCUUCUCCAGCUAUGAGCUGGUGGCAACCCCCCACAACACCUCCAAAGGCUUCCAGCGUCCGGUGUACCUGUUCCACAAGGCCCAUGCCCCCAGCCACUAAGUGGCCCCUGAACACAACAUGUGAAGAGGCUGCCCUCGCUGCUCUGAAGGACCUGGGGGAAGAGGAAAAUAGCCCAAGGUCUUUCUUUUCUGACUCCAAAAAUAAUUUCCUCUUGGAUCUGCGAAGAAAGCUUUUCUCAUGUUGCUGCCCCAGCCUCCUCCCUACACCUCCGGCACCUGAGCAGCAAGCCCAGCUGUGCUGGAGCUGCCAUCUUCCUCUCCCCCAGCCUGCUGGACUGGAUGGCAUGGACUGUUUGCUUACCUCGGUUCUCCUAGGGGGUGGGAGGUGGGGGUGUCAGGUCUCGAGCCCUUUCCUCCCGUUCUCCCAAGGAGAAGCCUGUUUCUCCUCGGCCUUUGUCCCUAGCUGCAUUUCAGUGGACCACGGAUAGGCGGUCUGAGGGUUAGACGGGGAAGCUUGCAGGGAGGCACGCAGGUACUGUGAAAAUCCUCCCCUCCGCUGUCCCCCAGUGGGAGAGGGGGUUGGAUUUUGAAUGUGAGAACAGCACAAUAAACUUGAUGUCUAGGGCAGUGGCCCCCACACCGGUGUCCAGCACUUUCU